UGCUCAAUCCCACUCCUGAACCAGGUUAUUCACGCGCAAAUCGGACAUUUAUUCGCGUUGUUUCGUCUUCACAUCACCUUCCAACCGCUAGUUCCGCCAGUCAGCCUCUCGGGCUGCAACCGCCGUCAAGAUGCCCCUGAUGACGGUCCGCGAUCGCCAGGCCUAUCGAGCCGACGAUGGCAAGAAUCACACUCUCCUGAACGAGAAAGAGAGGCAACGGAUGCUCCAGGCAUACCUCCCCACCCCGAACGAAACCCCCCCAAUCCCGUCGUCCAACGCGCGAGCGCAACGAAGGUCGCCAUUAGGCGUCCGACGGUUCCUCAAGAACCAGAUGCACGUUCUAAUAUUCGCCGUGUUGCAUGGUAUCUUCUCACUUUACAUCAGAGUGCGACAGAUGUGGAAUAUCCUCUGUUACCAGGUCUCGUCAGUCUUCUACUACCACCACGGCACCCCGCAGUACAUAAAGAGGGACGUCAUGGCCCUGAAGAAGAAGCCCAAGCAUCUCAGCGUUAUUCUGAAGGCCAAGGAGAACCAUAGGGCCAAGGCCGAUGUCGAACGGUUGAUAGACGAAGUUGCUGAGAUUGCAACAUGGUGUGCCUGCGCAGAGAUCCCCAUGCUCUCUGUGUAUGAAAAAACUGGUAUCCUGAAGAAGAACAUGUCGCGGGUCUAUGACGCCGCGAACCAGAAGCUCACCUUCUACUUUGGUGGACAGCACCCCGGACUGUCCGUUACUUCGCCGCACAAGGAAGACCUACCAGCAUCCAACGGCGAAAACCCCCAGGGCCAUUUAAGAUUGCACUUGAUUUCUUCUCAAGAUGGCCGGGACUCCAUGGUGGAUCUGACCAGGACUCUGGCUGAGAUGUCGCAAAAGGGGAAGCUCUCUCCUCGAGACAUCUCGACCGAGCUGAUUGACGCUGAGCUGUCAGAGGGUAUCAUGACCGAGCCCGAGCUCCUGAUCACCUUCGGCCCUUAUCUUGAGUUAUCAGGAUACCCGCCCUGGCAGAUCCGGUUGACGGAGAUUUUCUGCCUUCAAGACAAUGAAAGGGUGGGAUACCAGGUGUUCCUCAAGGCCCUGCAACAUUUCGGGAAAGCUCAGAUGCGCAAGGGAAAAUAGGCAUGUUUCUUUGAUGUAAAUCUUUUUUUUUCUCACCGUGAAAGGUCCAUUUCUCAUCUAUACCCUCAAGGUUUCCAUACCGUC